UCCUUACGGUUAAGUCAGGCAUCAUUGGGAAAGACAACUGUCGGUCAAAUCGUGAAUAUAAUGUCCAACGAUGUCAACAGAUUUGAUGAGGUGUGUAGCCAGGCUGUAUUAGUAAUACUUAUAACAUGGGAGUACCUUGGUAUCUCCAGCAUAGUAGGCCUUGCAUUGUUUGUCCUAUACAUACCUUUCCAGUUGAUUAUGGGAAAACUAUUCUCUAUGUGCAGGACAAAAACGGCCAAAUUAACCGAUUCUCGACUCCGAUUAAUGAAUGAGAUUAUAUCGGGUAUGCGAGUGAUUAAGAUGUACACAUGGGAGCAGUCGUUUUCGGAACUGGUGGCCAAGGCUAGAAAACUGGAAGUAAACGACAUCCGCAAAGUGUGUUAUUUGAAAGCCAUCAACUUGUCCCUGUUCCUAAUCGCUACCAAGAUUAUAUUGUUUUGUUGUUUUCUCACCUACGUACUUUUGGGAAAUAUAUUAAGCUCCAAAAAAGUAUUCGUAACAAUGGCCCUGUUCAAUAUGCUUAGGAUCACGUUAACAUGGAUAUUUCCGCAAGGCAUCGCACAGGGAUCCGAACUAUUGGAUUUCCUUGAACUCGACGAGAAGUGUGUUAAACCUAACGGUGCAAAUCAAAAUGGUUUUGCCAACGGUUUAUCUAACGGUGCUUCAAAUGUUCAUAAACAUAGCAAAGGGAUCAACAUUAAUAACUUUGUUAGAGAUAGCAAGGUCAGCAUUAAUAACAUUACGGCCAAAUGGAGCGAGGAUAUCAAAAAGCCUACAUUAGACAACAUAUCACUGCACCUUAAACCCGGUGACCUACUCGCGGUUAUAGGGCCGGUAGGCUCAGGCAAAAGCUCAUUGUUGAUGACAAUACUCCAGGAGCUCGAGCUCUUAAGUGGGUCCAUACAAAUUGAGGGCACCGUUAGCUACUCGGCACAGGAGCCUUGGAAUUUCAAUAAUAGUGUUCGGAAUAACAUACUGUUUGGUACCGAAUACGAUGAGCACCGUUAUAAACAAGUGGUAGAGGUGUGCGCAUUGGCAAGGGAUCUAAAAUUAUUUCCGUACGGGGAUCGGACCCUUGUAGGCGAAAAGGGGGUCUCGUUGUCCGGGGGACAAAAGGCCAGGAUCAAUUUGGCCAGAAACGCCGACAUUUGCCUUAUGGACGACCCCUUAUCGGCGGUGGACGCCUCUGUUGCCGAACAUAUUUUCGAAAAGUGUAUUGUGAGCUACCUGUCCAACAAAAUCCGUAUACUAGUCACCCACCAAAUCCAGUUCAUACGGAAAGCCACCAAAAUCCUGGUGCUCGACGACGGCAAGUGCGUGGGUUUCGGUACUUUCGAUGAACUCAUAGCCAAAGGCUUGGACUUCAUGUCACUCCUGGAGGCGGACGAGGAGGAGGAGGACUCCGACGACCCGGACUCAGCACAAGUGGACGGGGAGUCGAGCACCGGUAGCCAAGAAAUACUAGUCCGCAAUGGAUCGGUGCGAUCAUCCGUUACCGUAAGGGCGGACUCUAUCAGAAAAAGGAGUUUUAAGCGCCAGAAAAGUCAGGCAGUGUCUGAGGCACCGGUCGAGGAGGCGCCGCAAAUACAGGACGAGCAGCGCAUACAGGGCUCGAUCGGGGGUCGGGUGUACUGGGAGUACAUCAAAGCCGGUUGUGGACCAAUACUGGGUUCACUGACACUACUGUCCACUAUUGUAUCGCAGGUUAUAUUUCACGCCUCGGAUCUGUGGCUUAUGACGUGGACAAACAACGAGGGCACUCAAUCGGAGGAGAAAAACAACUUUGCCCUGAUCAUAUACUCGGUGCUCAUCAUAGCCCUACUACUGUCCACAAUGGUCCGGUCCAUGACAUGGUUUGCUAUUUGUAUGAUAGCAUCCAAGAGGUUACACAACACUAUAUUCAUACGACUAUUGAGGGCACCGAUGGCUGUAUUUGACAACAACCCCAUCGGACGUAUCCUAAAUAGAUGGCUUUACCCUCUAUUUCUGAGGGGUUGGCGAAAGGAAAGCCUAGAUUUUGAUGACCUAACCCGGUGCUCAAAGGAUGAUGAGGCCCUUAAGAUAGUCACCAAAUUGGAAAGGAACUGGAACAAAGAGCUACUGAAACCUAAACGUAGAUUCUGGUGGGUGCUAAUCAAAACAUACGGUGGUCAGUUUGCGUUUCCGGUGCUUAUUUUUGGGCUCGGGGAAUGUAUAGUCCGUAUAGGACAGCCUUUAUUAUUAGGCUUUGUAGUGGACUAUUUCAGCGGGGCCACCUAUCUGACCUACCAACAAGCAUGUAUGGCUGCCGGUGGUAUAGUGUUUGGGACAAAAACGGCCAAAUUAACCGAUUCUCGACUUCGAUUAAUGAAUGAGAUUAUAUCGGGUAUGCGAGUGAUUAAAAUGUACACAUGGGAGCAGUCGUUUUCGGAACUAGUGGCCAGGGCUAGAAAGCUAGAAGUAAACGACAUCCGCAAAGUGUGUUAUUUGAAAGCCAUCAACUUGUCCUUGUUUCUAAUUGCCACCAAGAUAAUAUUAUUUUGCUGUUUUCUCACCUACGUACUUUUGGGAAAUAUCUUAAGCUCCAAAAAAGUAUUCGUAACAAUGGCCCUGUUCAAUAUGCUCAGGAUCACGUUAACAUGGAUAUUCCCGCAAGGCAUCGCACAGGGAUCUGAACUAUUGGAUUUCCUUGAACUCGAUGAAAAGUGUGUUAAACCUAACGGUCCGAAUCAAAAUGGUUUUGCCAACGGUUUAUCUAACGGUUCUUCAAAUGGUUAUAAACAUAGCAAAGGGAUCAACAUUAAUAACUUUGUUAGAGAUAGCAAGGUCAACAUUAAUAACAUUACGGCCAAAUGGAGCGAGGAUAUCAAAAAGCCUACAUUGGACAACAUUUCACUGCAUCUUAAACCCGGUGACCUACUCGCGGUUAUAGGGCCGGUAGGCUCAGGCAAAAGCUCAUUGUUGAUGACAAUACUCCAGGAGCUCGAGCUCUUAAGUGGGUCCAUACAAAUUGAGGGCACCGUUAGUUACUCGGCUCAGGAGCCCUGGAAUUUCAAUAAUAGCGUCCGAAAUAACAUACUGUUUGGCACCGAAUACGAUGAGCACCGGUAUAAGCAAGUGGUAGAGGUGUGCGCACUGGAAAGGGAUCUAAAAUUAUUUCCGUACGGGGAUCGGACCCUUGUAGGCGAAAAGGGGGUCUCGUUGUCCGGGGGACAAAAAGCCAGGAUCAAUUUGGCCAGAAACGCCGACAUUUGCCUUAUGGAUGACCCCUUAUCAGCGGUGGACGCCUCUUUCAUACGGAAAGCCACCAAAAUCCUGGUGCUCGACGACGGCAAGUGCGUCGGUUUCGGUACUUUCGAUGAACUCAUAGCCAAAGGCUUGGACUUCAUGUCACUCCUGGAGGCCGACGAGGAGGAGGACUCCGACGACCCGGACUCAGCCCAUGUGGACGGGGAGUCGAGUACUGGUAGCCAAGAAAUACUAGUCCGCAAUGGGUCGGUGCGAUCAUCCGUUACCGUAAGGGCGGACUCCAUCAGGAAAAGGAGUUUUAAAAGACAGAAAAGUCAGGCAGUGUCUGAGGCACCGGUCGAGGAGGCGCCGCAAAUACAGGACGAGCAGCGCAUACAGGGCUCGAUCGGGGGUCGGGUGUACUGGGAGUACAUCAAAGCCGGUUGCGGACCAAUACUGGGUUCGCUGACACUACUGUCCACUAUUAUAUCGCAGGUUAUAUUUCACGCCUCGGACCUGUGGCUUAUGACGUGGACAAACAACGAGGGCACUCAAUCGGAGGAGAAAAACAACUUUGCCCUGAUCAUAUACUCCGUACUCAUCAUAGCCCUACUACUGUCCACAAUGGUUCGGUCCAUGACAUGGUUUGCCAUUUGUAUGAUAGCAUCCAAGAGGUUACACAACACUAUAUUCAUACGACUAUUGAGGGCACCGAUGGCUGUAUUUGACAACAACCCCAUCGGACGUAUCCUAAAUAGGUUUACCAAAGACCUGGGU